CAGUGAGUCGGUCGCAGCCGUGCGUCGCUCUUCGCCGUUUUCCGUUCGACUCGUGGAAAAUCCGUGGACGGACAACCUGUUGCGCUACCGGUCUGCCUGAUCCUGCAUACAUCAGUCGGCGGUAGCCUUGACGGGCGCCAGCCGACGCAGCCACGUAUGUGACUAGUGCACGAAAUUCCGCUGGCGUUCGCACGUGGACCUACCGAAUCCGCGUCGACAACGAAGAAUUCUCGUACCUGGAGGAACGUCGCCGACGAGGACGUCGAUAUGUGAUCGUGUGCGCACAGUGCUGACUGGCGGGCCACCAUGUCGACCACGGACGUGUUCUGCAUCGCGCAACAGGGUCCUGCCGCCGAGGAGGAGCAAGGAAGACUGAAGGCCGAUCUGCAAUUCCUGCGGAGGAGGGGACUUCUAAAGUCGUCCGGCGAGCUAUCGUACCAAGGACGCAAAUGCACCAGAUGCGGCGCACCGUUCGGAAGAUUUUACAACACCGGCGCGAGGUGUACACGCUGCGCCCGAAGAGUUUGCAGACAGUGCCGUAUCGAGGUCAGAAGCCUCGCCGAUAACAAAGACGUCGAAUGGAUCUGCAACGUUUGCUACGGAAUCGCGGAACUGAAUGCCACUACAGGAAAUUGGACGUACGAAACUGCGGUGUGCAAAGGGUCCAUAAACGGAAAAACUUCGGCGUCCCCUGUCGAAUUAUUGAAGCACAGCAUUCGACGUGCUUGGACUAUUAAUAGUCCACCCACACGCUGGUCCGCGGGAAGAAAAUCGUCAGAGCUGCGAAUCUACCGGAGCUUGCCAUCUCGUCGCCAGGAGUAUCGGAAUAUCAUCGACGAGAACGAAAUCGUGAAACCUGUGAUCGGCGAAUUGCUGAGCUCGUACCAGGAGGAGGCGAACAAGCAGGUGGACUGUUAUGGUUCCGCAAAGGACGUAGUAAUUGCAUCGGAGAAUUCCGCGCUGCGAAUCGACACGAACGAACGAACGAGCACACGAUGUGCAGAAAAAUCGCCGUGCAUUCAGGAGGGAGAAGUGCCAUCCGUCGAUGCCAUAAAACCGAAGAAGUUCGACCGAUUUGUCGCAACGACCGGCAGUAAAACGAAGGCUGAUGAGAAGGAGGAGUCCGGAAAUAAUCUGGAGCAUAGCACGCCGAAACUCUCGUUGAUAAAGCCGCCGAGGAUCUUGUCGAAGUUCAUCUCACCGGAUAUAAAGUUCGGUCAGUCGAAGCAUAGCGAGAGAAAAUCCAGUAUUCCUAUAUUCCGGAGAAGUUCGAAGGAGUUCGAAGACAUUAGGAGCCCACAAGAGUCGACGAAACGUUCCCUUAUACCACAAAGAUACAGGAGUAGCACAGACGAUCUACGGCGGAGCCGCGAGGACAUCAGCGUGCCCAGCCUGAUCCCUAAAUUGUUAUCACCCCGCAAUAAGGACGAUAAGCUGAAGCGUCACGACAGCAAGGACGAUAUAAGGUUCGGAGGGAAGUUAAGCCGCAAGAACUCGAAGGAGGAGGUGAGAGGCAGCCCGUUUCAAUCGGGGAACAAGGAGGACUGUAAACACGGUAUUAGACUGUUCCGACGGGACAACAGCCGCGAGGACGUGGGCAGGAACAGCGGGGGGAAUUCCAAUGGAAACGCCACGGGCGUCGCUGCAAAAGGAAAGCAAGAUGGCAAAGAGGAGGAGCGCGUGGGUGUCUCUUCGAGACCAAAGUCGACGGUGCAAGAACAGGCCAGGACUAAAGUGGUGCUGGCUAGAGAAGACAGGGAGACGUUUGACGAGAAGUGGUCGCGGAACGAGGAGGAAUGCGUAAAUGCAAGAGAGAAUGACAGAGUGAAACCCGAACCGGAUACCAAGGAAAAGAUCAUGCUCGACGUCGUUGCUGCUGAAGAGAAGCUGUUCAAGCAAGGUGUUAAGAAGAGUGACAAGGCGAAGAAGAUUGCGACGGAGCAAGAGGAUCAGAUAGAUCAAGAAUAUCAAGAUGAAGAAGGGUAUAAAGACAUCGAGUCUACCAAGGAAACCGAUGAUUCCGAGUUUGAUCACGUUGAAGCCGAUUGCAUUGAUUUAAGGGAGAAUGAGAAGAAAAUUGCUGCGGAUCUUGGUCAGGGGAAGAAGUCUGAAGAUUUCCAAAUGAUGCGGCGAAAAUUUUCCAAGGAGGAAUUUUCCAAUCCCGACGACACGGACGAAACUACGAAUAAACGAUGUUCCAGUCACCUCUCGCCCGAGGCGAGUCCAUUAAGCACACGAUCGUCGAGGUAUAGUCCACGAGAGAGCGAGAGCGAACCAACUCCAGCUCUUCCCAGGAAAGCAGGUGACUCCAGCUUCGCCUCGCAAAGGAUACGUGAUACGAUUACAAGGACAAGAAGAGAAUCGAACAGCAGUGCUAGAUACGAGAGCAGCGGUAGCGAGAGCGUAAGAUUAAGCGAGACGGGUUUUCACGGCUACUUGGACCUGGAGAGAAAAGUGAAGUUCUUCGGCGGUAUCGGAAGUGGUGUCGUGUCGUCGACAAUCGGAAGCGACGAAAUAGUGCAACGUGAUAGUGCAACAAGUGCGGGUGAGGACGAGCCGCACAAUGACAAUCAUGGAAGAACAGGUCUUGUCUCUUCUCAGGGAAGGAGCAUGUUACGUAGAAGAAGGCAAUUUGAUGCUCAAGGUUCGCGACGAAGAGGACGAUCGCACGCGAGAAGCUGUUGCGCGGAGGAGCUUCAGAGUUUCCAGGCGUUGCACGUGAUUGGCCGAGGUGGUAGACAACGGAGUCCGGCCGGGAACAGUCAGGGUCAGGAUCAGCCAACCAUCGAUUACAGGCGGCUGGUCUUCAUCAGCUCGGACUCGUCUUCCGGCCGUGAGGAGGACGACGCGGACAGCAGCUGCUCGAGCUCCUCUUUCCUGAACGGUUUGCCGCGCGGAUCUGGGCCCACGCAGUCUCUCGAGGAUUGUGACUGGGACUACUUCGAGAGCGGGACACUGCCGGCUCCGACCGGCGCGUUACCGGUCACUGUCGGAACGAGCAACGUCGCCACGGACACCGCCAACACCGCAGGAGAUUGGAGCUGUUGUCCCGGACGAGGAACCACCGCUUCUUGCCAGGCCUGCGGAGGUUCGCGAGGUGCGAACGUGCUUCCGGUGCCGGUCCCGAUACCCGUUCCAGUUCCGUAUCCGGUCCCGGUCCCAGCUGCCCUCUGGACCGGAGACUUUGCGGUCGCCGCAUCCUCCAUGAUCAGUCGUGGUGGCAGCGACGCGGAGCCAGGAACCCUAAGGUUGAGAGGGGACCCAGCAGCACCAUGGUUCGCCUGGCAUCCCCGUUUCAAUCAACCCCUACACGGAACCAGGCUUGACCCACGACUAACGAGUGCUUUCGAUCCGGCAACUUGCACCUUCAGACCCGAACAGUUGCUGACGCCGCGACUGUACGGAUCGUCGUCCAUUCCUACGACCGCCGAGUCUCUUCAGCAACGACUGUGCAAUCUGCAGCUCGACCAAGACGAGAAAGAUAACGCGGCUGCUGGGACCAAGCCCGUGGAUAGUUUGCAAAAUCCUGGGAACGAAUUGAAAGGAAAAGAGCAGUCCGCGGGGAAGAUUCGGGGGAAGCGAUGCCAGGCGAGCGCCGAGAAGUGUCAACAGGACGAUGAGCAAUCGAGCAAAGCGAAAGAAUACGAGGAGGACUCCCAACAGGACACGGAAAGCGUCUCCUUCGAAGAUAGAAGGGAGCAAAGGAUGUUCCAGCAUGACGAUUCUGGCAGCUCGUCCGGUAGAUCCUCCGCGGACAGCAGCGACCUGGACGACGACUCGUCUUCGCACAGGUUCUCAAAGGUGUUCGUGGUGAACGACGACUCACUGACCAGCGAUAACGACAUCGAAGACAACGAGGACGAGGACACAGACUCCUCCGAGUCCGCGGAACAUGGUGUCACUUUGAAGAGAGUGACCGCCUUGCCAGAGGAGGAACCGGUUGUCCUCCAAUACGUCAGGUUCUUCAGCGAAGAUUCGAACUUCGACGGUUCGAAUGAAAGGAAAUUCGAAAGCAGCAGCGAAGAAAAUUCCGGGAAUAGAUCGGACGCGAAGAAGGCAAUCUUGCGAACCAAAAAGGGGAUGAUACCCGUGGAGAAGGAGAGCCGUACCAAGGAGUGCAACAACAAAAAGGCAGCCGUCUUACUGCAUCAUCGCGCGUUGCCCGAGGAAAUGUACAUCGCGAGCGACAACGACUGUUCGGAGAGUCACAUCGAGCUGAAAUCGGUGAAGACGUUGGAUCCAGACAGCAUCGAAUCGACGGAUAUCAGCGAGAACAUCGUGGUGCAAGAUGGUGCCGAAAAUUCGGAAAUGGACCAGCUCUCGGAUUCGGAGAACCAGUUCGAACGUUCAUCGAGUAUCUGCGACUCGAACAUUAUUCCCGACUCUUUGGAGACCCCGUUAUCCGAAGACCAUCCCGAAACCCUGAACUGUCUCCCCCGAAUAUCGGAGAACAUUUACUUUGAUCGACCGAGUGAAAACGGCCAAACUGUCGUCGAUAAUGUGGCGAUACUGUCGUCGAUGGCCAUUAUCGACGAGUCCGUCGGUAACGUGGGCCGCGGCACAUUCACCGAUGGCAACCCGAAGAUCCCGGUAACCACGAGCUCAGGGUCAGAGAGCUACACGAGUAACGAUACCAACGCAACUGGUAGCGAGGUCAGCAGCGACGAACUGCACGAGUACGAAGUGACGCCAGUGAGCGUCAUCCGCGAUGACAGUCCCCCGGCCUCGGAUCGAUCGAAUCCGCGAUUGGACGUCGCGAACGGUUUCAAAACCGCCGGCACCGAACCAACCCUCGAAGCCUCGAGACGAUCGAUAUGGGGAGGUCGGCAUGAGAAGAGGAUCGUCGAAAAAUCCGCGAGCAAUCCGGCGAACUUCGCGGCCGCCGAUUCAACGGAGGACGAGUCCGUUGCGUCGGUCGAUGUCCAAAAUGGUACCGGAGAUAAUGAUCUAGCAGGGUUUCAGCGCCGAAUCGAACUGGCCACAGCGGGUUGCGAUGUGGCAGACAUGACCAUCAACCGAAUCGGGGCGGUGCUGAGGUGCGGGGAUGGCGUGGGCGCAGCAGGCGGCGCGCAUGACGGCAGCUCGCACACGGUGAGAGGUGAACGUUCCGCGGAUGGGCAGGUGGUACGGGACGCCGGCGGAGGUUGCGAAGGUGGUAGAGGUACGGAUGGCGGUGCCGCGGAGGGGAUAUUGACGCUGUUUCGUUCAGUCGAGCGACACCCGUCUGCUCGUAAGGAGGUUGAACCGUUUGUUGCUGGUACCGAGGUCGAGGAUCCCGCCGCAGCCCGCGACGCGGUGAGAGGUGAGCGUUCUUCCACCGUUGACCAGACGGCGGUAGGGGGCGCCGGCGGAGGUUGGGAAGGUGGUAACGGGACCAACGGUGGUUCGCUCGUGAUACGAGGUGAGAGUUCCGACGACGGCCAAGUGGUAGGGGAUGCUGUCGGUGGUUGGGAAGGUAGCGACGGUAGGGAUGGUAGCUCGCGCACGGCGAGAAGUGAGAGUUCCACCGUCGGGCAGGUGGUAGGAGAGGUCGACGGAGAUUCGGAGGCUGGUGGCAGCACCGACAACACCGCCGCGGAGGGGAUACCGGCACAUUUUUGCUCAGUUGAGCGACGCCCGUCUGUUCGGAAGGAGAAUGGAUUCCCUGGUGUUGCUGCGGCGAAGGAUCCCGUGGUCAGAGACUCGCAACAGCGCUUUCCCUCCGCGGUUCACGGUGACAGUGUCGGGACGAACGGCAGCGGCGGCAACCGGUACCGAAGCCUCGUGAUGAUCACCCAGGAGGCCUCGUACCAGCCGGUCAGCGUGAUCACGUCGGACACCACGACCUUGUUACAGCCGGACGAGGUCAGGACGGCCGGCCAGGGUCUGGCUGGAUACUUCCAGUUGGCGCUGGAGGCUGUCAACGAGCAGCCUCACCGCAAGAAUGGCCAGGGUCCCAGGCGCCCGUUGAUGGUGAAACGUUUAGCUGCCGCGACGACCAGCGGUCACGCGGAGCUGGAUGUGGACAGCGGGCUCAGCGUCGGUAGUGUCAGUGAAAGCGAUGACGUGUCGGUGAAAAACGUCGGAAAAAUAGCCGGCAGGCUCGAGGGCAACGAGGAAAGCGUGCCGCGGGAGCGGCCGGCGAACGAGCACCGAGAGAAUGCGCGGCCACGUGCCUUUUCGCAAUCCAGCGACGAGAAUUCGGCCGGUGGUGGGGUCGUCAUCUUAGAGGACGGUCUGGCCGACGAUGAUUCCUGGGUGGAGGAGGUGUCGCACGACGAAGACGAGCCCGGGGCCACCACGGCGACGGAGGAGAGCUCCGAGGACGAGGCGAACAACCUUGGAGAUCGAGAAGAAGAACUCAGAGGCUACCACAGGCAGGCAAUCGAUUUCACCUUGCAUACCAUCGUCGAAGAAUCCUGCGAAGAGAGCGAGACGGAACCCAGCUUGGCGACCGGAAGUCCGUCGAAGAAGCAGAGACCGCCGUCGGCCUCGGAACUGGAAAAGUAUUUCUUCUUUGGCCUCGGCGGAGAUGGCAACAACUCGAGCAUGGGCUCCCGAGAGGUGGACAGUUUGUCGGAGACGUCUUCCAUCUAUUCCGAAGGUUUGGAGUCCUUGGGACAGGACGAGACUGCCAGUACCGGGCAGGGUCAAGAGAGGUCGGCGUCCGGGGAUGGAUUCCUUAAUUCCUCGAGGCUGGAGAAGUACUUCUUGUCAGAGUUUCUUGGUUUCGAUCAAGAUAGACGCGACUCGGACGGAUCCGUUGGCAGCGAUUCAGAGGGCAGACCCAGUCCGGAAGCGCAAAGGCGGAAGAAACUAGUCCGUGCCAGAGGCACUGGUAGGUCCCACAGUUCCUCUUUAGACAAUCUGCUGGCGCUCGCGCAGAGCUCGCAGAACCUGAGCUCGCAGAACUCCCUGCAAGAUCUGAGUCUCAGCCAGGAUGCGCAGGAGAGCCAGUCGGAGGGUUCGUCGACCGAGACGGACGGCGCGGACGACGGACAGACGGCAGCUUUUGGUACGGAUGGCCAGUUCGAUACGGUGAAACGGAAGAAGAAGAAGCCGAGAAACAUGGGCACGCAGAGCCCACGUGUGCCGGAUGACAGAAACAAAACACCGGAGCCUAGCAGAGAGAUGGUUGUAGUCGGCGAAGUGGUAUUGGAGAACGAGGCCGAAGCGAUCCAUUCGGAGGACUCCGAGCGAGCGAAGACCCCACAGCCGGAAAACAUGUUGUCCUCUUCGUCUUUGCCAACGACAGCCUCCAACGCUACAGGCGUGUGCGGGUCGUUGUUGGACUCGUCGAGGACCAUCCAAAUGAGUUCAGGGGAUUCGUCGAGCUACAAUCAAAGAUCCAAACAGCAGUCGAGGGACUCGGGCUUCGUCGGUAGCUGCGACGACCUUCUGCAGCACCAGAAACUACCUGACGACGGCCAGACGAACGUCGAGGCGAACCAAGAGUCGAAAGACGGGAACAAGGAGAAGAGAGACAACGAUGGGAAUCAGGCGUCCGCCGAAAGAAGUUCGGCAGCUGAGACGAGCGUCGGGGGCAAGGUGGACCAUCUUCUAAGUCAUAAUACGUUGCCCCACCUGCCGAACGCCUCUUUGUCGCGCAAGGACAGCUUCAACAACUGGUCCAGCGACGAGGAGACGAACCUAAUGAUGUCGAAGAUGCGGCAGUUCUUCAAGACCAUGGUCGCCAAUUCGAACAGCCCGAAUACAAAUGCUGCGAACUCGAGUGGUGCUUCGCCGGCACCCAGCCCUCGACUGUCCGGUUACUCGAAAGCCAGACUGUGUUCCUCGCAGACCAGAACGAAACCGCCACAGUUGGUGUACUUUGAGAACGAGCUGACCAGGCUAAUGAAAACGGUGCCGGGGAUUCGGGAUGACCAGGUGCGGGAGAUCGUCGAGUACCUAAGCUCCGAGGACACCUGGUCCGAUUCGUACGACAGUUCCGAUUACACCAGUUCGGAUUUGGAAGGGGCAGCUGGCGGCCGUCGAUCCGCAUUGCAGGAACAGAUCUCUCAGAGCUGCCAGCAGAUCAUCAGCAAAUUCGACACGACGUCGAACAACAACCUUUUGGACAAAGAGAAGGACGAUAAGGCGUCGGUGAUCGCGAUGCAGCCUCAUUACCUUGGCCGCGACACCGCAUUCGUUUACCAGAAAUUGGUCCAAAGCUUCACGAAGAUGGCUGGCGACGGAGUCAGCUCCGACGCCAAUUCUACACCCCACAGCAGUCCACCGUUAAUUGCCAAGGUGAUGCAUCAUAUAGGCAGCCGACUGGUAGCACUGAUGCACGAGGUUUCCGAGGGCGGUCCAGCCGUUCAACAUCACUCCACCACGUGGAGGAGGUAUUCCCAACACCAUCGAACCCCGUCCUCAGCGUCUACUACCGAGGAUGACGAUUCCACAUCGGAUUCCACCAACGCACCCCCUUCGACGCAUCUACAACUUCCCAGGUCCAAGUCCCAUGAUCCGCUACUGUUGAUCAACAACCAUCCGGUAGCAUCUACGGGCCAAGAAGGCGAGGAGAGAGAAGCCAGCGAUUACGAGAGGUUCUCCUGGCGUGGCAGCUUCGAGUCAGCGUUGAUGGCCGCUGAUUCUAGGACGAAGCUCAGCUUACUGGCUUGUUCCGGAGACGUCAGCGUUGGUACCAGCCCUAGCGCCAAUGCCCUGGCUAUGGCAGCUAAACGUCGUAGCGCUGGAGAUCUGCUGUUUAAUCCGAAAAGCUUCUCUAGAGAACAGUUGGACAGAGUUCGAAGCUGCGGUUCGAUUGGCGGGGGGACUGCUGGUGCCGCCAGCGGCUGCGGUGGAUCUGUGGAGGAGAGGAUCUGGAGCAACAGGAGACGAUCUUCCGUUCCUGAUGCUAACACCAGGGCGGAGUCUGGUACAUCUGCUGGCGACGAGGAUACCGAAGACGAACUUGAGUAUAAUGGUGAAUCCCGGGCAACCACGUUACCUCGUGGCAUGCAGUCAGCGAUCACGGCUGCAACAAACUCUCUGCCACGUCUGCCAGCCUCUACAGCUCCUGCUGGCCUAGCUGCAGUCGCAUCACAAGCUUCCUCCAACAUGCACAAGGCUCACAGCGUGUACUACUUCCUGCCACAGCACUCCGGUGUUAAGUCGGCCAGGUACAGGCCGCCUGGGUUCGCCAGGAACAGUAACGUAGCUGGCGCAAUUGGCGGUCCGAAACGAGCUGUCAGCGCUCCCGGCCUACAGAUCUCGGGGUCGCAGUCCUCUGUAGGGAAACGGGACAACUCCAGGUCCAGGAGACAACAAGCUAUGUCCCUCACCUCUG